UUUUGCUUCUGAGGUUUUAGCUUAUUUAUAGUCUCCGCAGCUUUACUUCCCUUCUAGGGUUUUAGAGCUCUGGUCUGUUCCCAUUUCCUCAUCCCAAAACCCUAACCCUAGGAGUCUUCUCCUCUGCUCUAGCCAUGGAUAGAUACCAGAGAGUGGAGAAGCCGCGGCCGGAAUCCGCCAUUAACGAGAACGAGAUCCGAAUCACCACCCAGGGCCUCAUCCGGAACUAUGUCAGCUACGCCUCCAGCCUCCUUCAGGAAAAAAGGGUCAGAGAGAUUGUCUUGAAGGCUAUGGGACAGGCAAUCAGCAAGACUGUGGCCAUUGCAGAGAUUAUAAAGAAAAGGAUUCCUGGGUUACAUCAAGAUACGGCUAUCAGUUCAGUCAGUAUCACUGAUGUAUGGGAACCAAUUGAGGAGGGCCUUGUACCAUUGGAGAUGACGCGCCAUGUUUCCAUGAUAUCAAUAUCUCUGUCAACCAGAGAGCUCAACAAGAACUCCCCUGGGUAUCAAGCUCCAUUACAUGCAGAGCAGCCAAAACAACAGCAAAAAUUCCAGCAGCCACAGCAGUAUCAACAACAGCAGCAAUAUCAACCUAGACAAGCACAAGGUCAACUUAAUGAAGAUUCAUAUGGACGUGCACGCGGUCGAGGUAGAGGAAGAGGAAGGGGUUGGGGUAGAGGAGGAUAUGGUGGAUAUGGCGGAUAUGGCAACAAUCCAGGUGGAUACGGUGGAUAUGGCAACAGCAAUGGUGGAUACGGUGGAUAUGGAAACAGCAAUGGUGGAUACGGUGGAUAUGGCAACAGCAAUGGGGGAUACGGUGGAUAUGGCAACAACAAUGGUGGAUACGGUGGAUAUGGCAACAAUCGAGAAAAUGGUGGAUAUAACUGGAACUGGGGCCGGGGUGGUGGGCGAGGUAGAGGUGGUUGGGGCUAUCGUGGAGUGGGAGGCAGGGGUGGAGGUCCAGGAGGAAGAGGUUAUGGCCGUGGACGGGGAAGGAUGGGUGGCCGCGGGAGGGGGAAUCAGGCCUGAUAUAGUGGUUAUGGCGCGUAAUGUUCUUGUGCAUGCUUGUUUUUAGGGGAAAAAAUAUAAUAUAUCUAUCAAGGAACUUGUUUGGGGCCAUCAAAUGUGAGAUGUGGAUAUUUGGCACAGGGUGUAAUGGUGUAAUCAAAGUGGUUCUGUGUCUACUCUAUUACAUGUCAAAGUUGGCAGGCCAAGUUUGUUUGUUUCCUAUGGUUGCCGAAGUUCUUAUAGCAUGCUGUAAUUCACUCGCCAAUUUCCCUCCUUGGUGUAUCUAAGAGGUACAUUUUUCAUAGUGCAUAUUUCUUGAAACUUUGGAUGGAUCUACUAUGGCCUCCUUUUUCAAAUCAA